GGUGGAACAACAUACAUAGAAAGAGAAUGUGGGGUACGAGCAAGAACUCUCAAUCUCGUGAAAAGUUCCCAUGCCUAGACUCAGAUUUUUUGCCUCAUCGCACCCAAGUAGCAAGCGAAACGACGCAAUGGGUGGGCUGUGAUCUUUGUGUAGAGGAAAACAAGAUUUGUAAGUGCAAUGACAAAGAUGUUGAGCACCAUGACCAUGAAAAACCCAAUGGUUCUUUCAUUCAUGCAGUCAUCAACAUGAUUGGAAUGCUUAUAGGUUUAGGACAACUAUCAACUCCAUAUGCUCUAGAAAAAGGAGGGUGGGCUUCCUCUUUCCUCCUCAUAGGGAUUGGAGUGAUUUGUGCUUAUGCUUCACAUCUUCUUGGAAAAUGCCUAGACAAGAACCCCAAGUCAAGAAACUACAGAGACAUUGGACAGCACGCGUUCGGAAAGAAAGGAAGAAUCCUAGCUGCGACAUUCAUAUAUCUUGAAAUCUUCAUGGCCCUUGUUUCCUACACGAUCUCUCUGCAUGACAACUUAUCCACAGUGUUUUCGGCGGCUCGGGUUUCUUUGAAUUGGACUCAUUUCUUAUCUUCAUCUCAGCUUCUAACUGUGAUGGCCGUCUUGGUUGCACUUCCUAGUCUGUGGCUGAGAGAUCUUUCUUCAAUUUCUUUCCUUUCAACUGGUGGAAUUAUCAUGUCACUUGUGAUUUUUAUAACAGUGGCAUGUACAGCCAUUUUCGGAGGCUUAAGAACUAAUCAGAGGAUUCCAGUCCUUAACAUAAGUAAAAUUCCUGCUGUUUCUGGGCUUUUUCUCUUCGGCUAUGCUGGGCAUAUUGUGUUUCCUGAGAUACAUAAAUCCAUGCAAGAUCCUUCCAAGUUCACAAAGGUAUCUAUUGUUAGCUUCUCUCUAGUCACAAUGCUCUACACAGCUCUAGCAUUCAUGGGUGCCAAAAUGUUUGGACCAGAAGUAAAUUCCCAAAUAACCCUCAGCAUGCCUCCAAAUCUAAUUUUUUCCAAAAUUGCAUUAUGGGCCACAGUACUUACACCAAUGACAAAAUAUGCCCUGGAGUUUGCACCAUUUGCAAUGCUGCUUGAGCACAGCCUUCCUCCUUCAAUGAAACCCAGUACCAAGAUGAUCAUAAGAGGUUCUGUGGGUUCAUUUCUUCUCCUUGCAAUACUAGCCCUAGCUCUUUCUGUGCCCUACUUUGAGUAUGUUCUCAGCCUCACUGGCUCACUUGUGAGUGUGGGAAUUGGCAUUAUUUUCCCUUGUGCUUUCUACACCAAGAUUUUUUGGACUCAGCUAUCAAAACCCCUUGUAGUUCUCAACCUUUUCCUCGUUGCGUUCGGGUUGGUUCUCGGGAUAAGUGGAACCAUUUCGUCUUUCAAGUUGCUUGUGCAUAGAGCUCAUUCAACUUGAACAGAUAUCUGAUCAGCAGUAUAUGCUAGCCAGAUUUUUAGAGCUUGGUUUGCCUAACAUGAAGGACUUGUUCACUAGCCACUACUAAUAAUCAAAAAAGUUCAUAGUGAGUUCGGUCUAUAAAAGUGUUAGGUGUAUUUCAGAACUAUUUUGGAUGUACCAUCAAUCUUACACUAAUGAAAGAGUUGUAGUUGUCUUGUAUAAUUUCGAUCUUUUGGUAUACGAAUAAAUGAAGGUACU